AUGUCAUCCUUUCUCUCAACUCUCAUAUUCGGUAGUGGAUCUCAAUCAUCACAACCACAAAACAUUCCUCAGCAUCAACAACUCUCUCGAAACCGAAGUCAAAGUGGAGCGUCUUCUCCACUCUCAUCCACUCCUCCCUCCUUCACGACCAUCAUGCUAGCCUCAUCACCUGUAAAAUCCGCCAUGAUGAUGAAUAUUCAUUUCCCUCCAAAUCCAUCCAACACAACUGUUAGCAGUAGUAGUAGUAGUGGUAGUACUGGUGGUAUUGGUACUGGUAGUAGUAUUCAAAAUUCAAACACAGCAUUAGCCUCUUCUACCACCACCCCUUCAACCACCACUUCUACCACCACUACACCCUCUUCUCCUGUAAGAAGCUCCACUCUCAUUCUAACCUUCUCUCCACCACUCUCUAAUAAACAAUGGAUUGGUCGAGAAGUUGAACUCUCUCAAUACAUUUUCAAACUCUCUCAUAAUCCUCUCUCAUUCCGAAUGGAUGAUCAUUUCAUUCAAGAAAUGGAAAUGCAACGACAUGAACGAAGUGGACUCAUUCAUCCACAACAUCCCUAUCAUUUUGAUCAAUAUUAUUCAUUAUCACAAGUGAAUACAUUGAGAAUGUAUGAUUCUCAUCUCAAUUCCAUGUAUUCCAUUCUUGUUCCAAAAUAUGUAGAUGAUAUUACUUUUUGGAAGAGUUACUUUUAUUGUGUUCAUCGAAUUCUCUACACGGAUUGUAUUGAAGAGUUAGAUGAAGAGAUUUGUGAAUUAUAUAAUAAGAGAAGAAGACAACAAAUAGAGAGAGAACUUGAAUUACAAGAAUAUUGUAAUGCUAUUGAAAGUGAUUGUAAAUUUAUUUUAAAUUUAAUUGAAAUUGAAAAUGUAAAUGUAAAUAGAAUGUUGAAAAAGGAACAAGAAUUGGCUAAUCGAGUCAUUGAAGAAAUUGAAGAAGGAAGAAAAGAUGGUAAUGAACAUGUUGUGAAUGAUGAUAUUUCGACUCGUAGUGUGUCAUUGAAUAUUCAACAAGAAGAAUCCAAUACGAGUUCUUUUCAACAAGAAGAAUCCAAUGGCCAUGUGGUAGAAGAAUCAAGUCAUCAGCCUUCUCAAGUUGAAAGUACAGAGAGUAGUAAUAGUUCAACGAAUACUAAUACUACUACUACUGAGGGUAAUCAUUCUACUAUGAAUACUACUAUUGUUGACACUAGUGCUACUACUACUGCUAUUAUUGACACCAAUACUACUACUACUACUGCUAUUGACACCAAUACUACUACUACUACUAUUAACACUAGUACUACCACUCAUUCACAAUCUUCACCUUCCACAGAAGAAAAAACAAAUCAUCAAAAAAUUGAAGAGAAAAUUCGAGAAGUCAUUGAAAUCAAAAAGAAACUAUCUCUUUUAUCCAGUGAAAUCAUUACCAAUGAAACAUUGAUUGAAAGAAUUGCACAAUGUAAUCAUUGUUUCAUGACUGCAUUUACAGAAUAUACAAAAUAUAAGGAUUUGUUAAAAGAAUUACCAGAUUCACAUCCAUUGUAUGGAACAAGUGUUGGAGGAAAAUUGAAUUCUUGUUCUCAUUCUUCAUUCUCACCUUUAUUGUUAAAUACAAAUAGAACUCAUCCAAUUACAACUGAAUUUCAGAGAAAAAAGAUGGUAUCCAUAUUACCUGCUAGAUUUCAUUUGAGUAAUUGGAUGUUAUUGUAUAGCACUUUGGAGCAUGGAACUUCAUUAAGAACUUUAUAUAGAAAUACUCGACAUGCUGAAGAAUCGAUUUUAAUUAUCAAGACUAUGGAUGGACAAGUAUUGGGUGCUUUUAAUCCAGUAGCAUUGAAUGAAUUUGGAAAUAAGUAUUAUGGAAGUGGUGAGAUUUUACUCUUUUCUUUCAAAAAUAAUACCACUUUGAAAGUGUUUCGAUGGUCGAAAUUGAAUGAAUUCUUUUUGAGAUCAAAUGAUUACAUGAUUUGUUAUGGUGGUGAUGAAGUUGGAAGAUCAGCUCUCAUGAUUCAUGAAGAUUUGACUUCAGGAAGCACAAAUAUUUGUUUGACUUUUGAUAACAUGGAAGAGGGAGGGUUGUUGGAAAAGGUGGACAAGGAUACGAAUCAUAACACCACAGCUGGUACCAUCUCAGAAUCAAAACCACCAGGUAUGGUUCGAUCACAAUCCAUUACAACAUUUAGCACUGAAGUUGAGUUUGAAAUUUAUGCUUUGGAAGUUUGGGGUUUUGAAGAUCAUACCAAGAAACCACUACCAAAAAAAGUCACCUCAGCUGCCAAAUCCUCAUUCAUUGACUAUGCUCAAUAUUAA